AAUUAUUUACCACCGUUCUCAUAAGUAUCACUAAAACAACUUUUUUAUUAAAAAUGUCUUCAGCGGGAAUCGAAUUGAGAUCACCAAUAAUUAUUCGCUCCCUCCCUGAAAAAUGUCUCGAGCGGGAGUAUUUUUUUACAGAGGUUUCACUGUUACCUCCCAAACCUGAAUAAUAGUUAUUCGCUCCGAAACCUAUUUUCGGAAUUUUCACUUUCCCUCCCAAACCUGAAGCACGGAUUUUUCACCCAGAGAAAAGAAAAUGUUUAUCGGUUCCCUCCCAAAUUUAUUCUGAAGCGGUUGUUGCAUGAGAGAGAAGAAAUAUUCAUUCCAAAUCCGACUCUUGAUUGGGUAACCCUAACCCUUUUCUUCUUCAUCCCAAAUCCAACCCUAAACCCAUAUAUUAUUCAUCCCAAAUCUAACCCUUUUCUUCUUCAUCCCAAAUCUAACCCUACCCAUAUAUUAUUCGUAGGAGGUUCUCACAAACUGAACCCUAACCAUUUCUUCAGCACACAAGCUUCUCUUUCUUCUCCUUUGUAGGAUUGGUCACCCCAUCUAAAGCUCCCUUCGAUUACAAGCUCUCAUUCAACUUGUGUAUGUGUGUAUCAAUUUGCGUAUGUGAUACUAACAGUGUACGGGUUUUCAACAGUGUGGAGUUUUUGAUUCAUCCUGGUAAAAAGAAUACUUUGCGAAUCUACAUCUGCUGCUCGAUCAAAAGAAAUGCCUGUUAUAUACAUGAUAUAGAGCUUAAAGUUUAGACCCUACAAAUUGAAGCUACACCUCUUUCUACCCAACUAACAUUAUACCAGGAAAAAUACAUUGUCCCAAAGGAAGGAAGGAAAGCUGUAAUUGUUAUUGUAAAUGAUGCUUGGAGGCGGUACAAAUGCUUGCUUAAAAAGAACUAUUUUAGUAAGUAUAAAACCAUGCGCGAGCAGCUAAAAAAUCGUCCACAAGAAGUACCAGAAGAAGAUUUUAAAAAGCUGUUGGAGUAUUGGAGAGAUGAAAACACUAAAGAAGUCAGUCAUCAAAAUGCCCAAAAUAUAGCUCAAUGAAAUGGAGACAUCGAAUGGGGAAUAAAGGCUUUGCUGUUAUAAGAGAAAAAAUGCGUGAAAGUAAUGAAGAUAAAGAACUUUCUACUCAAGCUGAAAUGUUCAUUGCUACUCGACAAAGUAAAAAAAUAAAGGAGUUGGAUCAAGAAACCAAUCAUGCAAUUACAAAGCUUCAAGACUUGAUUGAAAAUCAUGGAAAAACUUCUUCAGAGGCUUUUGAAAGCGUAUUAGGCAAACAAAAACCUAGGAGAAUGCGUUGCUACAGAAGAACCACAACACCGACUCUCUUGAAAAGAAAUGAAGAAAUUGCAAAACUUAAAAGAGAGCAUGCUGCUGAGGUUAGACAAUUUAAUGAUAGGAUACAAGAGAUGGAGGAGAAACGUCGUCAAGACAAAGAGGAAACAGAUAGAAAAAUUCAGCUUCUUCUUAAGACCGUUUUGAAUCAAAAUGCCUCAGAGUUGAAUAUAGAUGCUCUGGCAGCUUUGAUAUCAACUCCUGCAACCGAUGCUAACAAUGUUUUACGUUCUUCUACAUCAACACAUGCUCCAACUAAUGAUCAAGUCAUGAAUGAUAAUAUCAAUGAAGAUUUUCAAUCAUUCGAAGAUGAAGAGACUUAGAUGUGGAUGUAGAUGUUUCACUUUAUUUUUAUAGAUUGAAUAUGUUAUUUUGAUUAUGAAUGAUGAUUGAGAAUAUAAUAUAUUUCAAGAUGUUUUGUUGAUUGUGAAUUAAUGGUUGACAUUGUGAUAUGUACU